CCGCGCGGACUCUCGCGAGACCACGCCCCGCCCCGCCCGCCUGGGAGGAGACAGAGCCGCGAUGCGUAAGAAAAGAAGCGGCUCGGAGCAGCGCCCCUGUUGCGGGGUGUCCUGGAAAGCUGUGUGAAAUCUUCCAAAGAAGAAAGCAGUUUCUAUCCAAUUAGGAGCAUCCAACUUCAAAUAAGCACUAAGUGUAGGAACCUCAGCACCCUUUCCUGUAUCCUCAGAGGUUUUCAACUGAGGAUUCUGCAUUGGUCCUUGAGACCCUACACAAGCCUUUGAGCAACAUUCAAGAAGUGUGCAACAUGUUGAAGAGAGGUUAAUACUGCAAUGGAUUGGGUUCCACAGAGAAUGCUGGAAGGAGAAAAGUGAAGAAAUAAAUUUCACAAUAAUUUCCUGAGAUUUUUUUUCUGAAAUUAUAGUGUUGCAUUGUCAUCUAUGUGUCAAAGAGUACUUGCGGCUUUUGUCUAUCUGCAAAAUACAGCUAACCUGUAGUGCACUUGGCAAUUAUCCUCCAAUAUUUAUCUCUCCGAGGAAGUAAUAAUUAUCUGGUUUUACAAAAAACUGAACAUUUGCCCAGGUGCUGGUGCAAAAUAAACUGUUCUUGUUGGAAAUCCUUUUCCUUGAAAAUAAGACCAGACAGUAUUUCAAGAAGGUGACAGAGACUGCACUGGCAGUGCUUUGCAUCCUAUACAUUUAGGUAAAAGGUGUUGUCCUUCUUGAUUCCCAUGUCCUAUUACCAGGAGGAUUUCUUCAGAGAAUACCUCAAGAUGAUGGCGAAUAUGGUCAUCCUGAACUUGCUCAUUUGUAUUUCGCUGGUGUUCUGGAUCGUGUCCAUGACUGCAAGUACGUACUACGGUACUUUACGACCCAUUUCUCCAUGGCGCUGGCUUUUCUCAGUCUUGGUUCCACUAAUUAUUGCUACACAGGGUUUUAAGAAGAAGAGUCUUGAUCACAGUGGUGCUUUGGGAGGACUAGUGGUUGGAUUUAUCCUUACAGUCGCAAAUUACAGUUUCUUCUCUUCUUUGUUUGUAUUUUUUGUUACUUCUUCAAAACUUACUAAGUGGAGAAAAGAUAUAAAGAAGCAAAUAGAUUCAGAAUACAAAGAAGGUGGCCAGAGGAAUUGGGUUCAGGUAGUCUGUAAUGGUGGUGUUCCUACUGAGCUGGCUCUCUUAUAUAUGAUAGAAAAUGGACCGGGUGAAAUUCCUAUUGACUUUUCAAAGGAGUACACAGCAUCAUGGAUGUGCUUAUCCCUUUUGGGAGCUUUGGCAUGCUCUGCUGGUGAUACAUGGGCUUCAGAGAUUGGUAGUGUUAUGAGUAAAGGCAAACCAAGAUUGAUAACAACCUGGGAACAGGUUCCAGUAGGUACUAAUGGAGCAGUUAGUUUAGUGGGCCUGAUCUCAAGUUUGCUUGGAGGCAUGACAGUAGGUAUAGCCUACUUUAUAACUCAGCUCAUUUUUGUGACUGAUCUGGAAAUAUCUGCUCCACAAUGGCCCAUUAUAGUGUUUGCUGCAGCAGCUGGCCUACUGGGAUCAAUUGUCGAUUCGUAUUUGGGAGCUACGAUGCAAUACAGUGGUUUUGACCAGACAAUUGGCAUGGUUGUUAACCACCAAACGAAAGACUCCAAGCACAUAUCUGGAAAACCUAUAUUAGACAACAACACCGUAAAUCUUUUUUCUUCUGUCAUCAUUGCUCUGGUGCUUCCAGGCACAGCAUGGUUUUUCUGGCCAAGGGGUUGAAAUAGUUUGAGGUUUUCUGCAUGCGAAUCAUUUAUGUUCAGUCUUGCUCAGAGACUCCAAAGAGUUCCAGUUGAACUCUCUUUAAGAGAUGGAUCUGAAACAUUCAGAGAGCCGAAGAACUUUCCAUCUCAACUUGUUAAGGCUGUAAGCCUCAUGUGACAAUCAGCGUCUCUCAGGAAGGUGCUUUGUCAUUAAUGCUCUUGCUGCUCCUCAGGUGGAUGUAGGUCAUUGCCAAGUGAGGUGAAGCACUUGAUUCAUUUGUCCUCCAUUUAUGGAGCUGAAGUGUUGGUGUCUAUUCUUUCCAGUUCCCAGCAUCUGGAAAGGCACAAAGCUGGAAAUAGAAGUCUAGUGCACAUCAAUCAGUGUGAUGGAGCCUUGUGGCUAUUACCCAAGUUAGACACAAAAUACACUGCAGCUUUAUAUAGAUAGGCAAUGGUAACAUUGGUGAAGUGGGUGAAUUCUGGUAUUUCUCAUUAUCUACAGUUUGUAAGGUCUUUUGGAAGUAUUUGGGCAGGGAAGAAAGAAUUCAACCUUACUGCCUAUUCUCUAUCCUGAUACUAUCUCCACUUCCCUGAGAAUAGGUUUGAUAAAAAUGAUCCAUACAUAACACUGGAAACAAAAAUCUAAAUUUAAAGUAGAAAGUUUAAGCUGUUCCAGUAAGAAUAAUAUUUUUUUCUGUGCUUUUUUGACAUCUUUAUUUCAAAAGUAAUGAUAUUUAUGAAGAUUUGUCAGUACUGUGGUACUUAUCAAAUACUUUAAAAUUAAAGAUGACAGUUGUGGAUUCACAGUCAUCUCUUUAGAAAGAUAAUGUUUUUUUCUAUAAAUAUAGAAUUGUUCCUUUGUGUUUGGCAUUCUAACCAAACUAUACUCCUUGAUUAUUUCUCAGCAGUGGAAAUGUUUCCCAUUUUGUUUGGGCCUUCUAUUUAGAGAUUAUGGCCUCGGCCAAAGAAGCUACAGAUGUUAUCCUUGUUGCAAAUGAGGGAAGUCACACAUAUAAACCAUUUAAAAAUAGAAAUUUAAUUUUUGAUGCCCAGUGUUAGGUAAUUCUGUCUUCUGUCAUUCAUUUAUAAAAGUUGUGGAAGUAAUGUAGCCAGUACAGAUUGUAUUUAAAUUUAAGAGAUACCUUUUAACUUAUGAAAAGCUUUUCCUUUUUUGUUAGAGAUAGAUGAAUAUUUUGUAUGGAACAUCUGGGGUUUUUUACAAGUGUCUUGUGUAUAUUGCCUGUCUUAAUUCAAUUUACUUUUUUUAUUUUGUCACCUUUUAUGGGAAUAUUAAAAAACUUUAACACUUUCCAUACUGAGUUUACUCUUUAGAAAUCUAGUCUAUACAGACCUGGUAUUCAUCACUGGAACUACUUCACUGUAUUACCUAUUAGAAAGAUGAGAUCUCAAAGUAGUAAAAGCUUUUUGAAAAGAACAAAUUGUAUAGCUGCUCUGUUUCUGUUCCUGUGGAAGGGCACAAAAUUAUGGAAGUAAUAUAUGCACUUAAAAUGUAACAAUAAAGACUUUGGAAUUUUA